AUGGAUAAUCGUGGUAAUUAUCGAGAUUCGGAUCGUGACGAACGAGAUCAACGUCGUGAUCCUUCUUCAUCAUCAUCAACUCACCAUACUCGAACUGAAGAAGAAGAAACGACGCAUUAUCGAUCACAAAUUGCUCCGCGUUCAACAAAUAUUACAAAUCGAGUAGCACCUGCAUCAAGCAAUAUUGUUAUGGAGCGUUUCUAUUCGUAUGGAAUCGGUUCUGGUGGUGUUCCACUCAAGCCAGGUGGCAAAUCAGCUGCUGUUGUUGCAAUUCAAGAAAACCGUGAACGCGAAAAACGAGAAUUAACUCAUCUCAAUGAUCGUUUUGCUUCAUACAUUGAACGUGUACGAUAUUUGGAAGCACAAAAUAAAAAGCUUCAAUUAGAACUUGAACAUCUACGUGGAAAAUGGGGUACGCAAACAGGCAAAGUCAAAGAAAUGUAUGAAGUUGAAGUACGUGAAGCUCGUCGUAUUAUUGAUGAAACAGCAAAAGAUCGUGCAGCAGCUGAACUUCGAGCUAAGCGUGCUGAAGAAGAAACAUUAAAAUUUAAAGACAAAUAUGAAACAUUAUUAGCUGGAAGAGACUCCGAUCGACAAAAAAUCGACGUUUUACAAAAACAAUUAGCCGACAACGAAGCUGAUCUUAAUCUGUUUCGACGUCGUUUAGCUGAUUUGGAAGAUGAGCAAAAACGUUAUCGUGCAGAAUCUCAAAAGCUCAUCUUAGAUAUUCAACGUGUGACACAAGAUUUAGAUCAUGAAACGAUUGCACGUGUACAACUUGAAAAUGAAAAACAAAGUCUUGAAGAAGAAAUUAAUUUCUUAAAACAAAUUCAUGCACAAGAAAUAGAAGAAUUAAAACAAGCUAAUUUAGUUGGUACAGCAUUAGACCCAGCAAAUUUUUUUAAACAUGAAUUAUCAAGUGCUAUACGAGAUAUUCGUGAGGAAUACGAACAACUUAAUAAUCAACAACGUGGUGAACUGGAAUCAUGGUAUCGUUUAAAAGUUACACAAGCCGUACAAGAAAUUCAAUCUCGUCGUGCUAUCGAAGCACCAGAUAGUAUUCGUGAGCGAGAAGAAAUGAAGAAAUUACGAACAUUGGUUACGGAUUCAAGAAAAGAUAUUUCAGCCAUGAGACAACGAAAUGGUGAAUUAGAAAAUCGAAUUCAAGAAUUAGAAGAACUUGUUCAAAUUGAACGACGUGAAGGUAUUCAAUCAACCAAUGAACGUGACCGUGAAAUUCAAGAGCUCCGAAGUCGGCUUGAAGAAUUAGGACGUGAUUAUGAUGAGCUUGUUACAACUAAAUCAUCGCUUGAUGCUGAAAUUGCAAUCUAUAGAAAAUUACUCGAAGGAGAAGAAAACCGACAAGGUUUAAAACAAAUAGUUGCAAAUGUUGAAGAGCAAGCUCGUAUCGAAUUCGCUGCGGCUGGUGGAAAUGUUGGUGGCGGCGGAGCUGCUGGUGGCGGUGCUGCUGCCACUGCUGCUACUGGUGGAGCUACAUCUUACUCUUAUUCACGCUCCUAUCGAACAACAAGUGGAGGUCAAGAAUCAGAAGAUCGAUCAUCCACUGAACGAGAUACUAGUGGAAGUCGCCGUGGUCGUGAAAAUACACCAUCUGGCGGUGAUCAUGGUGGUAUACCAACAAAUUCGUCGUAUGAACGUCAUUCUAGUCCACCAUCUUCAAUAUCUGCUGAUAAUAUUCGUGGCAAUAAUGAUCGUUAUCCACCAACCAUUCAUGAAGAAACAAGCCGAAGCAGCAAUGUUGUCAAACGAAUUCGAGAUCAAGGUGAAUCCAUUGAUCGAAGUUCAGGCGGUCGAGCAGGUGCCGAAGGUGACGAUUCAUCAUUAGAAGAUCAAAACGAACGGCGUGAUCGUUUACAAGCACAACGAAAAGAUGACGGUUAUGGUAAAAUUCGUUGUGGUUUUCGUUAUGAUCGAGCACGUGGCAAACUUAUUGUACGUGUAUAUGAAGCACGUGAUUUAAUCAAUACGGAUAAGAAUAGCCUUUCUGAUCCAUAUGUACGCUUAUUACUUCUACCUGACAAACGCAAAAAAACCAAGCGUCGUACAAAGAUCAUCAAAGAUACAUUAGCACCUGUAUUCGAUGAAACCUUCGAAUAUGAUAUAACAUACGAAGAAGCUAAAUUGAAAACAUUAGAUAUUGCAGUUAAAAAUGAUAGAUCACUUUUUUCUACUGAGAAAGUUUACAUGGGUCAAGCAUUAGUUCCAUUGGCGAACUAUAAUAUAGAUGAUGCAAAUUUAUCUGAUGAUUGGUUUACACUCGAAGCUGAAGGCGCGUUGGCUUUACGACUCAAAGCACUCGAUGCAUAA